AUGAUGAAUACACUGACAGACCUUCUCGACGACGAACCCGCGAUCUCGCACCACGUCAAAGAACUUGAGGUCCCUCUCCCGCAGCCACGGCCUGUAGCUGGUGAAGAAGACGUAGGCCCUGCUGUUCCUAGAGCGCUUGAGGGCCCUCUCGAUGGUCGUGGCGAUGUUCUCGUGCUCCGUGUGGCGGAACAGCAGAUCCGCCAUGAUGAGAACGUCGACGCCGUCACGCGCCGCCGCCGCCGCCGCCGCCCCGGGCAUCUUGGCCAGGACGGCGUCGACCUCCUUGCCCCAGACGUAGCCAUCGACGACGACCUUUUCGGCGCGAGGGCGCGGCAGCAGCUCGCACUCGUCGACGUUGCGGCGCAGCGCGACCAGCACGUCCGGGUCCGGGUAGUCGGUGGCGACGACGCCGGCGGCGCCGAGGUGCGCGGCCACGAGGCUGGGGAUGCCGGCGCCGGCGCCGACCUCGAGCACCGUCUUGCCGGCCACCAGGGACGGGUCCGCGAGGAAGUGAUCCGCCAGCACGCGGCCGCCGUUCCAGACGUGGUGCGCGUCCAUGACGCUGUGUCCGACCAGGUGCAGCGUCAACACGGCGCCGUUGGAGAGCGUGUGCGUCUCGGUGCGCGGUGGCGGCGGCGGCGGGUAGUAGCCCUCCGGGACCGCGAACAUGUCGCCCGUCGAGAGGUCUUCUUCCUCAUCCUGGUGGGUCCGCAAUCCAGUGCGUGCUGUCUAGUGGGGAUAGUCGGCCUCCUCGAGCAAAGUGACUACGGGGACGUCACCGAGCUUUUCCUUUCCCUUGAGAGGUGCAAUCUCGAGCAGGAACAGAUAACCAAUGAGCUCUCCGCCAAGCUUCUUAACAAGUUCACCGGCGGCAGCAGCAGAGCCACCUGA